AUCGCGGACCGUGUUGAUAAAAACGGAACAUACCUGUAUAGAUCUUCUGAACAACAUCUCCGAAGACAGUAUGCUGAAAUAUUGUGUGAUUCUCUUUAAAAGUGCUGUCCACUGUCCCUAGGUAUCCCAGCACUGUCGCACUGUCCUAUAAAUGGACGCUUGGCUGAUUAAUCACAGCAAUCUACGCUAUCAGCCACCUGCCCGACUGUCACUCUCAUCGCUCCUUGAUCGAAAACCCAAAAACGAAAUGUCCGACCGGAAGGAAGUUCCAUCCCUGCUCCAACUGGGUUACGAUCCGAACCACACGGAACACUGGGACGAGAUCGAGUUCGACGAGAAGAUCAACCACCUCGGCCUCAUAGAUCAGCGGUUGAAAAACUUCCGCAAACCGGAUAUCCAGAUCCGGAUAGGCGACACCAUUUUCGAGUGUCACGCGUUGCUGCUCCGUUGCUACUCGGAGAUGUUCGACGAGCUGGACAACGAACGGGUGGUACAGCUGCCGGAGGAAAAGGUUUCGCCGCAAGCGUUCCAGAUAAUCUACGACUGGAUGCUCUCGUCGAAGGCGGACAUCCAGCGGGAGCACUUCGUGGAGGUUUUUGUCGCGGCUGAGUAUCUAAGAAUUAAGCAUCUUACCGAUCAGUGCUGGAUCAGCAUGGACAGCACCGAAGCGUUGAUGGAAGACCGAGCAUUUCUGUUGUACAUCGAAGCGGCACGGCAUCAGCAAGCAAUUCUCAAGAAUAUGCUACUGAAAAGGAUUUGCGCAUUCUUUCUGCCUCUGGUUGCUACCAGUGAAUUCACCCAAAUGCCAUUGGAUGACCUGAGCAUGCUGCUAAAGUCCAGCUAUAUCGGGGUGUUUUCCGAAACGGACGUAUUCUAUGCGGCGUGUGUUUGGCUUCGGGAAGAUUGGGAUAACAGACAAGACUCCGUAAGUGACGUAAUGCACCUGGUACGGUUUGGUCUGAUUCGACCGAGCUUGCUGGCUCAGUUGAACAGUUUCGAUGCGGACGAACGAAUUCACGACAUUCUACGGAACGAAACGACUAAGUAUUUGGUGGCACAAGCUUUGAACUAUGCAUUUUCCAGUAACUCGUUUUCGGAACUGCCGGAGCACCAUCGUCGAACGAAGCGCCUGGAAAUGCAAAAACCGGUGGACCGAACUUGGCUCAAAGAUCCGUACUGUUCGGAAGAAGACGGAGAGCUUGGAGCACUACCGUUCACAGAGGAUGACUACGGAUACGAAGCUUUUCUGGAACGGCUUGCCUAUUUGAACAGGGCUCGUGACUAUUGGAAACGUUUGAAAAAGGUUGAAAUCAGCGCGGAAACGCUUCUUGCGUCGAGUUGGAGUCAUUCUGGAAGCCCCAGCUAUGAACCGGACGAGAUGUCCAAAUAAACUAAUAUUGCUGGUUAAGCAAUAAUUAUAAAAUGAAAAUUUUAAGUAUGUUGAAUAAACUAGCUUGGAAUAACAA